AUGCAGGGUUAUUCAUUCGCACCCCCAUCCGGUCCCCCAAGGGAGGGUCAUAAAAACUAUGUGUUUGUGGAUGAACACAACAGACACAAACGUUUGAAGGUGAUGCGGGCUUGUAACGGCUGUAGAAAGAGGAAGAUCAAAUGCGAUGCAGCUACGACAAAUACAUGGCCUUGCUCCGCGUGCACCCGUUUGAAGCUAGUAUGCGUGCCUCCCACUGUUGGGCAGGAGUCUGAAUUUCCCGCUGGGCAAACUGUUGAAUCCGAUCCAACAGGCUCUCUAGGUGCACCUAGUACACAGCAGCCCUCUCACCAUGCUUUCCCCAUGCCUCAGACCUUCCGUGAUGGCGGCCAAGUUCCGAUUGGGAGCAUUCAACCUUACAAUGAUGGAAUGGGCGUGUUCUCCCAAUUCAUGCCGCCCCCUCAUACCCAACCCGGUAUUUAUGGUGAUGUCCGGUCGCCGCCCAUCGCAGAGCCGCAACACCACUACCAGCAGCCGCAGAUGUUCUCUGCACCCCAAACACAGCAGCAAUCUUUGGGGACUCCAGACAAUAGCCUGUUUCUCGAGAACGACCAGUCCACUGCGGAAAACCUCAGUGAGGUACUUGGUGAGCUGAAGAUUGACGAGACUGGUAUAGGUGUGAUGUCCCUCUCCCCAACUAAGUGUUUUGAGAGAUCGAAAACUGAUGUCUUUUUUCUCAAAGCACCAUAUAUUAGGCAGCAGAGACAAGAUCGGUCCGAACCGGAAGUCCCCAUUCAAGAUGAUGCAGAGGAAAGACUGCCGCCACUUAGCACAGGCGCAGGGUCUGCGAUUCGAAUCCCUCCCGAACUUAUGCCACCCGAUGACGAGGUGAUGAGUUACUUCAAAACGUAUUUCGAUGACAUUCAUCCCUAUGUCCCAGCGAUUCACCGGUCUCACUUGUAUUAUCAAUGGCAAAAUGACCGAAGUUCGAUAUCUCCUCUCCUCCUUGAAGCGUUGUUUGCAUGUGCGGGCAGACUGUCAGAUGAUCCAGCACAGGGAGCCCAGUGGCUUGCAUUGGCGAACAGGCAUGAACCUAGCUUUAUGGAUGUACCGCGUCUGAGUACAAUUCAGGCGAUGCUUCUGUUACUGAAAGCUAGAGAAUCGUUGCCGAAAAAGGGCUACUAUUAUAGAUCUUGGCAAACGGUGAAAACUAUAGUCUCCAUGGCGAAGGAUUUGGAUCUCCAUGAACAUUAUAGUAUCCAUGCGGAAGGGAGACCCUGUGAUUUGCAACCAGUGGAAUGCUUGGUACAGACAAGGGUGUGGCAGGCCUUGCUUGUUGUCGAAGUCAUGAUUGGAGCACCGCAGGGCCGUUCGGACUAUGGCGUAGACCCGGAUACUGUGGACAUGCGACCAAUGUUGGAUAUUAAAGGCCUUGACCAGUUCGAGAUUGACCGUUCUCGACAGUAUGCUUACUUUGUUCGGAAUGCCAACCACAUCCGCAUCAUCACCGACAUAUACCACAAGAUCAAAAAACAACGAGACUGGGGUGCCGACCCCAGAUUUGUUGAGAAGAAUCCCCUGUUCACAAAUUGGCUCCACGGCAUGCCCCCGGACUUACAGGUAAAUUAUCCCGCCGAUGGAACGCCACCCUGGAUACCAUCGCAUUUUGUUGCGAACAUGCAUUCGCAUUGUCACUUAGGGGUUAUAUUACUCCAUCGCCCCCAAUUAAUCGCGUCCAAGUCUUUUUCUACCGGGGGGAGCUGGAAAGGGCACUUUGGAUUAUGCUACUCCUCAGCGAAAUGCCUAUGUAGGCUCCAGGAAGCCAUACUGGCCAGUUACGGUCUCCCAGGGCUACUAUUCAUGCAAAGGGGCAUUAACUUUGCUAUUUACUGCAUUUUGACCUGCACGAUGUUGCAUCUGAUCGCAAUAACGUCUCCUGAUCCGCAUUUCCACACGGAUGCGAGAGAUUAUUUCACACGGCACAUGCGUAUCCUCGAGCAGUGCUCUGCUGCUUGGCCUAUGCCAGAGAUCCAGGCACAGAUUGAUUCUCUACGUCUGGCGUUCUCUGCGGAUGUCAGCCGCCCAUUUGAGUUGAAAUCCACGUUCCCAUAUGGGAGUCCCUCCGAGCCAUAUCACCCGAGUCCUCCACCGUUUGACUCUUCACAAUAUACUCCACCGUUGAAUCAUCUCACGGGAAACGUUCAGAGCAGAGUGGGUUAUAAUGCCUAUCCAAUUUCACCUCCAAUGUCCACUGGUACUGAAGACGCAAAGUCCGAUUCCUCCCAACUGCAGCCCCUGGGAAUGAUGACGCCUCACCCAGUAUCGAACCACCCCUCGAUGGAAGCUCCGCUGGUGGAUGAAAACAGUUGGGACCCAACGCGCAUUAUUAAUCAAUGGGAAAUGGCAUUUUCGGUUGAUCCGUCUACUGUCAGUACGAAUUCACCACCGAUGAACCUAAGCAAUCCCGUGCAGGGCAUGCAGCCACCCCUGCAAACUCAUUAUCCUGUCCAAUACGGAUCACCGACCAAGGUGGCCUCGGUCACGCCACCUCAAUCCAUCUCCCAACCCCAGUUUACCGGAAGACACUCUAUGAUCACAGCCCGUGACUGGCAGCAGAGUGUUGCCAGUGUGUUUGAUCCCCAUGGUUUGAAGAGGCGAUGGAAUUAUUCUGUUGACAUGGGAAUGGAGAAUAUGUCAAAACGGCAACGGUGA